AUGGUUGACGCGUUGUUGACACCCAACAGGCCCCCUCCUGAACCACAUGUCCAUUUCACGCGACCUCAGGAGGUGGAAACCCCGCAGCAACGAAACCUACGCGCCUCAAAGCGACAGCAACAGGAAGCCCAAACCAGAGCUCCUGCCCUACGCUCCCUCAACCUCGGUGGAGGCGCAACCAACUCGAACCUUGUCACGAACGCAAUCACGCGCUACCUCAACACAAUCGAACAAGACACUCUGCUAAGGAACAACGUCACUAAGGCAAUGGCAGAGGCUAUAGACAGGUGCGCAAGGGAAUUCACAGACCCUGCAGGAGCAAAAGUAGCAGCCGAACUGCAACAGCGCGUUGUCCUUGCCCUCACAAACCCCCCGAGUCCCCAGACUGCCAGCUCCCGACGCAGCAGCACUGCCUACACCACUACAACCCAGGAGAGCGAAGGCCACCUAUCAUCGCGCCGCUCCUGGGCGGACGUAGCCCGAGACCCCCAAGAUCUCAACAGAGGAAAAGGGGGAAACAGCACAGACAACCAUCCGGCCAAGCCCGGAAAAUUUUUCGCCACCCCCGCUAGCUCUAGGCCCAUGCCUAAAGCAGAUCCCCGCAUCUUCGUCACGGUGCCUGCAGCUGAACGCCUCAGCAAAGCCUCGCCCUUUGUAAUUCGCCAGGAAAUCUGCAAAGUCUUGGAGGGAGUCACGCUCCAAGACAUACCCAAAGCUGCCCCAAUUCGCACAGGCUGGGCAAUCACCCCAGCCACCGACCAGAUACGCACUACACUGCUUACACAAGAAAACAAGGAGCUCAUCAUGCGCGCCCUUCAUGGAGAUAGUAUCCGAACACCA